GGGCACCUCGGGGGCUUGGUUCUCUGCUCCGGAACCUGUUCUCAACCAACAGUUUCUUUCCUGUGCUGUCUUCCACAGACACUGAAAGGUGGGCAGUAGUUACCAGAGUUCCGAGAGGGUCUGGCCUAAGACCCUUUUAAAAGAUGGGCGUCUAUACAAGCGCGUCGUUCCCUUCAGGCUCGUCCCGCCCUAGACUGGGUUUCCCGAGCCACGGAUGCGGGAUGUUUAAGAAAAAAGAAGUUUCUGUGAACGGAACAGAGGGGCCCGUGUGAAAGUCUGAACAAGGCAGCCUCAGUUCACAGUUCUGGAGUUUGCAGCUGCUGGAAAAGCAAACUUCCGUGGACUUGCAGAGUCGCUGGCUCCCAGGAAAAUGAGUUGGAUUUGGCUGUCAGCAGCUACAGUCCCAAUACCCUGGGAAGAAGUUUCAUUUCCAUCUACCUUCCCUUCAUACCCAGCGGACCAAAAACUAGGUCUCAGGUUUUUCUUCACAAAACACCAAUCCUAGAGUCUCCGCGGCAAAGAGUCUGGUUAAUCCAGUUAGGUUAUCUCCCAAAGAUAUUUGUACACUGAAGUGAAAUGUGAAUGUUUCUGCAGGGUUGAGGGUCCAUUGAAGAAGCCCAGCUUCAGGAUCUUUCUGAAUGACGGCCAUACUCUGUAACCCAGGCAGCCUGUCUCAGUAGGCAGGUGUUGUGGCAGGUUGCCUGAAGGAACAGCUUUGGCAUAAACUGGGCCUGGGUCUGAGUUCCAGCUCUGCCACUUACGGGCUGAUUGACCCUCAAUGGGCUCUGUAUCUUCCUCAGCCUUCGUGUCCCCAGCUGGAAAACACAGGCCAUACCUCUGCUUCUAAUAAGGCUUGUGUUGCCAGUGAGGUGAGGUUUGCAAUGGGGUUAACAGUGCCUGACACGGAACUGCUUGAUACAUGGCACCUAUUAUCAUUAUCAUCAACAAGCACCUCUAACAUCAAGUUCUUGUAAACAACAACUGAAUUAUCUGGCUGUACUAUUCCAGAGACUAGAACACACAAUGAAGACAGUCAAUGAAAACCAGAAGACCCAUUGUCACAUUUAGGAACCCCAAGGCCAAGCUACAGAGGACGGGCGAGAUUGGGCUGCAUGAGCAUGGACGAAGCUGACUUUUCAGAAGACAUGACUUACAAACAACAGGAGGACUUGCCUUACGAUGGGGAUCUCCCAAGAAGCAAGAUGUGCACUGAUUAUAAUUUUACCUCAAAAGAUGCCCACUGGAAUGUCACUAACCAAAUUCUUUUAAUAGGGGAUGCCCCCCAGGAAAAGGCUACACAGGAGACUUGCAGAAAUAGAGCUGCAGCCAUGACCCUGGAUAAAACUACCGAGAAUGCUGUCAACAAAAAAUAUGACAAAGAGAAACACUGCGCCGUGACUCUGCGUGUCAUAGCUAAUGAAGGAGAUAGCUCAAAGACAAACAUUUCUACUGUUUUACACCACCAUCUUUCCAAAGAGCGGUUCUUAAGAGGUCAAGGCACUGAUGAUAAAACACUCCCCAAGACCUUGAGUUCAGACAGUUUUGAGGAAGCAGCCAUCAUUGAGAACAUUAUUUCAGGUUAUAUUCAGACUCCUUGGCCCAAAGAACAAAGCCCAGCAGUCACUGACCAACUCAACCUCAAAACAGAUGGUGAAAGCGGCAAGAAGCCCAGUUGUCGAAUCACAGCAGAAGAAAAUAUCCGUGACCCAAAGGGGCCAGAGGUGGCUGGAGACAGCCACCAUCAAGAAAAUGCAGCAUUUCUAACUCAAAUCAAGGGUCCAGGGGAUAAACCGAAAAACUGCCCAGGGCAAGCCCCCCAGAAACAGGAGACUGAAACAGCAACCUCAGGCCAUGGAUUCCAAUAUGGCCAAGGCCAAGUUCUUUACCAGCUCCCUGAUUUCUCAAAGGUUGCUCCCAAGGUGAAAAUGUCUAAAGCCAACAGCAUUAACAGACCAUUCACAUUACCUAAACAACCCAACUUUUCUCCUAAAUUGAGGUAUAAGCCAGCUAUUAUACAUGAUAUUUUAGAAACCAUGUCUAGGUCAAACUGUGCAGAAAAGCAACAUCAAGAGCAGAAGAGGAAAAUCACAGAAGUCUCCCCACAAAUGCAGGUGAACAUCCGUGCUGUGUCCAGCUCUCCAGGGCCCAAGAUGAAGCCUCCGGUUCCCAUCCGCCAGGAACUUCUCCCAGGAGUAGAAUCGGAGACGACGCUCUUCAAGCUGACAUCAACCUCUCAGAAAGACCAUCUCUUGAAUUCUUCUUACAUAUUUCUGAAGAUAUCCCAAGGAAAACAGAUGUGUCAGAGCUUGAAAGAGCAGACCGAGCAACUGAAGUCUAAAGUACAAGAGUUUUCCAAAAGUAUAAAGCAAGACUCUGACGGUCAUUUGCAAGACGGAAGGCUGGAGGACCGAAGCGGCCCCUCGGGGAGGCAGGAGCGAGCAGAGACAGCGGUGUUCAGCUCCAGAUGCGCCUUCUGCCGCCGCCGCCUGGUUGAAUGGAAGCAAAAGAUGGAGAAAAAAAGCCACCGAAGAUUCAACUGUGGGAGAUUUUCUGCCGUCAUUCAGGAAAAGGCCCUGCACCCAGACUCAGCUCUCAGACCCAGCUUCUGUUCUGAGUCUAUUGCUGGGCUGCAUAGCAACAAACAUGAGGGCGGCGGCUCCAAGAGUCCCAGAAAGCCACCGAAAGAAUUCCGUUAUAGAUACAACAGCCCGGGACAGAACGACAUAAGUCACAGUGAAAGAAGUGCCUUUGCCCAGCCCCGCUCGGCAUCUCCUUGCUCGAGACCCAAGUGGAUCUGUUCCCAGAAAGUGAAUUCAAAAUCCCUUCCAGAUGAACAGGAGCCCACACCAGGAAAAAAAAAUGUUCAGAGCCCCACAGCCUCCAGCCCGGCCCCGGCAUCGCCCUCUCGCCCUUUCCAGCGCUGCAGGAUCUCUGCGAGCAAAUCCCUGGGUGACCUUAACGUGGCUGAGCAAACGGAAUCUAGGAUUUUAAGCGCAGCUUUGGAUCAUGCCCUAAAGACGGCAAGCGUUUUGAAAAAAACUACUGAUCAAAUGAUUAAAACGAUUACAGAAGACCUUGCCAAGGCAGAGAGAUGGAGGAAUCGGCUGCAAUACUAGCUCAACCCCAGGUACCGAGGACUAGAAGGAACAAACUUACUAGAAAACUUGAUCGUCCUCGUCCCCACCCACAUAUUUUAUUUAUUACACAAUUUAGGAAGAUGACUUUCUAGAGAACACAUCCAAAGCGUAAGAAAGAGGUAACACAACGUGCUUUAAUGGGGGGGGGCUCUUAAAAUCAAGUAUUUAUUUUAAAAUAAACCUAUGUUCUUCCUAAUUUACAAUAAAAGAAGUCAAAACAAACCAGCAAAUUUUACUAUUGAGGGUGGGGUUAAAUAGGUACUCUCAUAAACUGUUGUGAAAGUAACAAGAAUCUAGGAACUGGCGCUGUGGAGCAGCGCGUUAACACCCUGGCCUGAAGCGCCGGCAUCCCAUAUGGGCACCAGUUCUAGUCCCGGCUGCUCCAUUUCCAAUCCAGCUCUCUGCUACGGCCUGGGAAAGCAGUGGAGGAUGGUCCAAGCCCUUGGGCCCCUGCACCCACGUGGGAGACCUGGAGGAAGCUCCUGGCUCCUGGCUUCAGAUCGGCGCAGUUCCGGCCAUUGUGGCCAAUUGGGGAGUGAACCAUUGGAUGGAAGACCUCUCUCUAUCUCUCUGCCUCUCCUUCUCUGUGUGACUCUUUCAAAUAAAUAAAUUAAUUAAAAAAAGUAAUAAGAAUCUAUGCAACCUUUAAAGAAAACUUCAUAGUACAGACACUCCUUGACUACGAGGGGUUACAGCCUGAGAAACUCACUGUAGGUUGGAAAUUGCCGAAGUGGAACGUGCAUUUCAUACACCUGACCCACCCGACUUCAGAGCAGGGUGACGCGGUACUGCAGGGUUGUUGCCUGCAUGAUGGCGCGGCUGUCCAACAUCGUGGGAGCAGAUCCUCCUGCGUAAAGCUGGCCCAGGAAAAGAUCAAAAUUCAAACUGCCAUUGCCUAUUGCUUUCCCAUGGGCGGAAGGUCAAAGAUUGUACAUUGAGCCAUUGUAAGUCAGGUGUUUCUACCAAACUGCACAAAUUCCCACUCCAGCAGACUGACUUUACAGGACACUCACACAAUACGCUCCAUAUAUGAGGUCUAUGAACAGCAGUGGCAGGAAUGCCCCAAGGGAGAACUCAUCUAAAUGCCCUGGGUGGCCAUUCAUAACCAACAGCAGUGCAACACUGAAAAGAAUGCGGCGGAUAAGUGCCAGACGCCCAACUGUGAACCCAUGCCCCAUGGGACCUCAUUUGUAUGUUUUUUCAAGGGCAUACAUAUUUUCUGGAAAGAAAAAACCCUAGGAGGACUUCUAGUUUUUCAGAGAGGAAGGAAUUUUCUCUUUAUUUACUGUACUAUGUAUAAAAUUCUUAUUAUAUGGUAUGCUUAUAUUUUUAAUUAAAAUUACACUUGUUUAAAGAUUUACUGGGGGGUGGCACUGUGGCGCAGCAGGUGAAAGAUAUCGCCUGCAGUGCCAGCAUCCCAUGUCAGAGCCGUUUCGAGUCCCAGCUGCUUCACUUGCGGUCCAGCUCUCUGCUAAGGCCCGGGAAAGCAGUAGAGGAUGGUCUAUGUCCUUGGGCCCCCGCACCCGCAUGGGAGACUGGGAAGAAGCUCCUGGUUCCUGUUUCAGAUCAGCGCAGCUCUGGCCGUUGCGGCCAUAUGGGGAGUGAAACAGCCGAUGGAAGACCUCUCUCUGCCUCUGUGUCUGCCUCUUUGUAACUCUGCCUUCAAUAAACAAAUGAACAAACAAAUAAAUAAAAAUAAAAAAUAUUUCAUGAAGUCAUAAAUAUGCAAAAAUGAGUAAAGAAGUUAAAAAAAAAGACAAUUCAUUAAAAGUGCAAACAAGGGAUUAAGUAACUUUGUGGCAUUCCACAAUGCCAGAGCCAGCUUGGAUUUGCUUAAGACUGCCCGAGGCCAGCUUAUUGGCUGCUUCCCCGUCCUGAGGCCUCCUGAGCCCGCCCACUGUGAACAUUCAGAACAUUCGACAACUGCUUUCCCAGCCUGAGAGUCUUGCUCAUUGGUGAGGAGGGAGUUGAGUCUGUUCCCGCCUUCCAUGUCUGUGCUGUAAGGCCGCUGCCACUCGUCCAGCAAGCUGCAGAAUGGGCUGUUCUUAACUCAGGGAGAUCGGUUUAGUUAGGGCACCUUGGAAGAGAGAGAGCAGAGGCCAGCCUGAAGAUCCCUGUGACUUUGUGACUCGCUACGCUUCAGGCUGUGACCCUAUAAGGAAGCUACAAAACAACCUAUAGCACUAUUCCAAGAGAAAAAAGGGAGCUUAAACUGGAUAUGUCCUGUUAAAUAAAGUUUGCGGGAGGCCAUUACUCUGUACUGAGCUCCUGCAGCAGCCCCACAAGAUCAGACCAACCCAGAGUGGAGUCACUUGGGCUAGGUGCCACGUGAUCAAACAGCUUUAAAAUGGGCAAGUUCAAAAGACGAAAGAACUCAGAGGUUCACAGUUCACAUCAUCCAAAGGGCCCACCAACCUGAGCAGCCUGAUAAGAAGGUGCUUCUCCUUUAAUCCAUGAAAGCAGCUCUGAAAUGACCAAUCACUUCCUCGUCCUUGUUUUUGCUUUCUUCAGCCUUUUCCUACCAAGCCCGUCGACCUCCUUGGCUCAGCUUGGGGAGCACUUAUUUCUUAGAUGAGGUGCUGUUCAGUUACUGAAGCAAUGAUGAAAAGCAACCGGAUCAUUAAAUUUGGUUUCCCUGACGGGUCCAAGAGCCUUCUAGCUUCACGUUUCAGCACAACGUGAUGACCUGUUCUACAAGCCAGGUGUCAUUACCCCAUCCCCAAGUUCAGAGCACACACGUGUCUGGCUCGCGUUGAAGAGCUCUCAUACAACUCAUUAGUUUUUUUAAAAUUAAUUAAUUAAAAAAAUUUUUUUUUGACAGGCAGAGUGGACAGUGAGAGAGAGACACACAGAGAAAGGUCUUCCUUUGCCGUUGGUUCACCCUCCAAUGGCCGCCGCAGCCGGCGCACCGCGCUGAUCCGAUGACAGGAGCCAGGUACUUCUCCUGGUCUCCCAUGGGGUGCAGGGCCCAAGGACUUGGGCCAUCUUCCACUGCACUCUCUGGCCACAGCAGAGAGCUGGCCUGGAAGAGGGGCCACCGGGACAGAAUCCAGCGCCCCACCC